GGUUUUAGGGGUUUCGUCUGGCUUUCCCAGAAUGCUUUGACAUUGUACUGGCUGAGAACUGAGCCACCUGCUUUUGUGGGACUUCCAUACUCUUGGUUCCACUCUCUUCUGAUGGCAUUUUGAUUGCAUUGAGGCCAAGUGACAAGCUGCUUACAAUGAGUGAUGAGAAGAACCUUGGGGUGUCCCAAAAAUUGGUCUCACCUUCAAGGAGCACAAGUAGCUGCUCCUCCAAGCAGGGAAGUCGACAGGACAGUUGGGAAGUGGUGGAAGGAUUGAGGGGAGAGAUGAAUUAUACCCAGGAGCCUCCAGUUCAGAAAGGAUUCCUGCUGAAAAAGAGGAAAUGGCCCUUAAAGGGCUGGCACAAGAGAUUCUUCUAUCUGGACAAAGGAAUCUUGAAAUAUGCCAAGAGCCAAACUGACAUAGAGAGAGAGAAGCUGCAUGGCUGCAUUGACGUUGGGCUCUCUGUGAUGUCUGUAAAGAAGUCCUCAAAGUGCAUCGAUCUUGAUACUGAGGAGCACAUCUAUCAUCUGAAGGUGAAGUCAGAAGAUGGCUUUGAUGAAUGGGUAUCCAAACUCCGUCAUCACAGAAUGUAUCGUCAAAAUGAAAUCGCCAUGUUUCCCCGUGAAGCCAAUCACUUUUUCUCCGGGCCCACCGUUGCAGACUCAGCCUCUGGCGUCUUUGACUCCAUGUCCAAUAGGAAGCGCAGCAGUAUAUCAAAGCAGCAUUCCUUUCAAACCGGAAGCAAUUUGUCAUUUUCUUGUGCUGGGGAAACAAGAGUCCCACUGUGGUUACAGUCAUCAGAGGACAUGGAAAAAUGCUCACAAGACCUGGCACACUGUCACACCUAUCUGGUGGAAAUGAGUCAACUCCUACAAAAUAUGGACGUUCUGCAUCGGACGUAUUCAGCACCAGCUAUCAACGCCAUCCAGGUCCCUAAACCUUUUCCCGGCCCACUAAGACUACACUCUUCCAACCCUAAUUUAUCAACAAUAGAUUUUGGAGAAGAAAAGAAUUAUUCCGAUGGCUCUGAAACUUCAUCAGAGUUUUCCAAAAUUCAAGAAGAUCUGUGCCACAUUGCCCAUAAAGUUUACUUCACUUUAAGGUCAGCUUUUAAUACUAUUUCAACGGAGAGAGAGAAAGUGAAGCAGCUGAUGGAACAGGAUGUCACCUCUUCCCCCUCCGCCCAGGCCAUUGGUCUGAAGCAUGCCCUGUCAUCCGCACUAGCACAAAACACAGAUCUUAAAGAGCGCUUACGCAGAAUCCAUGCCGAGUGUCUGCUCCUCGACCCUCCUGCUGUUGCCAAGUUGGGUGACAGUCUGGCCGAGGAAAACUCCAGAGAUGAAAACCGAGCUCUGGUUCAUCAGCUCUCCAAUGAAAGCAGACUGUCCAUCACCGACUCGCUCUCAGAGUUUUUUGAUGCCCAGGAAGUUCUGUUAUCACCAAGCUCUUCAGAAAAUGAGAUUUCUGACGACGAUUCUUAUGUAAGCGAUAUAAGUGACAAUCUUUCCUUAGACAACCUCAGCAACGAUUUAGACAAUGAGAGACAGACCUUGGGGCCUGUUCUCGAAAGUGGCAGAGAAGUGAAAUCCAAAAGAAGAACCUGCUUACCAGCGCCAUGCCCCAACACCAGUAACAUUAGUUUGUGGAACAUCCUGAGAAACAACAUCGGCAAGGAUCUGUCCAAAGUGGCGAUGCCGGUGGAGUUAAACGAGCCCCUGAACACGCUGCAGAGACUCUGCGAAGAGCUGGAGUACAGCGAGUUGCUGGACAAGGCUGCACAGACUCCGAGCCCCCUGGAACGGAUGGUAUACAUGGCGGCCUUCGCGGUCUCAGCAUAUGCAUCUAGCUACUUCCGAGCUGGGAGCAAGCCAUUUAACCCAGUUCUUGGAGAAACAUACGAGUGCAUUCGUGAAGACAAGGGCUUCCGGUUUUUUUCAGAGCAGGUGAGCCAUCAUCCACCUAUUUCUGCAUGUCACGCGGAGUCUAGACAUUUUGUUUUCUGGCAAGAUGUGAGAUGGAAAAACAAAUUCUGGGGCAAAUCCAUGGAAAUUGUUCCAAUUGGCACAACACAUGUCACUCUGCCAACUUUCGGAGAUCAUUUUGAGUGGAACAAAGUGACCUCCUGCAUUCAUAACAUCUUAAGCGGCCAGAGGUGGAUUGAGCACUAUGGAGAGAUCAUCAUCAAGAACCUAAAUGAUGAUUCCUGUCUCUGCAAAGUCAACUUUAUCAAGGCAAAAUACUGGAGCACUAAUGCCCACGAGAUUGAAGGCACGGUAUUUGACAAGACAGGCAAGGCGGUGCAUCGACUGUUUGGGAAAUGGCAUGAGAGCAUCUACUGUGGUGGUUCCUCCUCCUCCACUUGUGUCUGGAGAGCAAAUCCCAUGCCCAAAGGCUAUGAACAAUAUUAUGGCUUCACACAGUUUGCUCUAGAAUUAAAUGAAGUAGAUCCAUUGUUGAAGACAUUAUUACCACCUACCGACACUCGAUUUAGACCAGACCAAAGGUUUCUCGAAGAAGGGAACUUAGAAGAAGCUGAAAUGCAGAAGCAGAGGAUUGAGCAGCUGCAGAGAGAACGGCGGCGGGUGUUAGAAGAAAACAACUUGGAGCACCAGCCUCGGUUUUUCAGGAAAUCCAAUGAUGAGUCUUGGGUGAGCAACGGUACCUAUUUGGAACUUAGAAGAGACCUUGGCUUUUCCAAAUUGGACCAUCCUGUCUUGUGGUGAAAAGGAAGACAAAGAUAUGUCAGUGUUGAUGCUCGGGUGUUUACUUUCUGAAGCCGCACAAAUCUGUCUCUAUAUUUAAAAGAUCUUGUCUAAAAUGAUUAAUUGUGCUUAUCUUAUCAUUGUAAGUAUUUAAGUAUAUAUUUUCUUUCUUGGGUUUCUUCAUAGUUUUAACUGUUACCAUGAUUGUUUAUAUGAAUGUAGAACACGGUGAGAUUUCUUUUUAUAUAGGAACUGUUUCAAAUGAAAGACUGAAUGUUAACAUGUGGCUUAAAAAAGAAGCUUUAACACUAAUUUUCCAAAGGCUAGGGAAAAUUCAAAUUAAAGUUUUGCCUUAUAGAACUAUGUUGGAGUUAAAAAGGAAAAAAAAAUCAGUCUCUCCCCAGGUGCAUUAAGAAACCAGAAAAAAAAAAAAUUUAUCCAGGGUUACUCACCCAAGCGUAAGCUACCCAAGUUUCAGUUGGUAGCUCAGAUCUCUUUUUGCCUCAGAUAGCUCUUGAAUUACUCAUAUAGGGUAAUUCAGCCUGUGCUGGAGUCUGAAGCAUCCUACUGUUUGCCUUUUGUGGUUGAGGGAUGUUAUAGAAUUAAUGGAAUAUACAUUUUUAUAGAAAGUGAAUAUAGCUCCUUCUGAAAGAGGAAAAGCAUUUGCACUCAUUAUUUUGUUGCCUUAUGUGCAAAAUUAUACCCUGUUGCU